AUGCAUUUUAUGAGUUUACCUCAACUUGUUGAACUUCGAAUACAAAACAAUAAAUUAACAAGAAUUGUGCCUAAUGGAUUUAUGAAUGUCCAAAAAUUGCAAAUUUUGUUACUUCAAAAUAAUUCUCUCUCAACUUUUGACCCUGGUACUUUGGAAGGAUUUAAAGAAUUAAAAUUGGUCGAUUUGAGUUUAAAUGAAUUUUAUCAGAUUCCUUCAUUUAAAGAUAUGAAUGAAUUAAUAGAAGUUCGUUUAGACAAUAACAGAAUCGAUUCAAUUAAAACUUUGGCUUUUUCUUCCAAUCCAAAUUUACAAAAAAUUUCACUUUCUGGUAAUCAAAUUGAGACAAUUGCUAGGAACAGUUUUGACGCUUUGGACCAACUAGAAUUUCUAAAUUUGGCUGAUAAUGGACUUGUGACUAUUGAAAGAGGAAUGAUUGAAGGAAUGAAACAUUUAAAAGAUUUAAUACUUCGAAACAAUUCAAUUAAUAAUUUGAGCCGUGAAUCUUUUCUUUCAAUUCAAGAACUUGUCUCUUUGGAUUUGAGCCAUAACGAAUUAAGCAAUUUAAAGGCUGGGACUUUUGCUCCACUUCAAAGACUUCAUAUACUUAAAUUGGACAAUAAUAAAUUGGAAACAAUUGAAGAGGGGGCUUUUGAUUGGAAAGUUGAUACUUUGUUACUUGAUGGAAAUUCUCUUCGUUGUGAUGACAAAUUAGACUGGUUUGUCGACUGGCUAGUGCGAAACAAAGUUCGAACUUUUGUUCCAGACCAACCAGAAAUUCGUUGUGCUUCACCAGAACAAAAAAGAGGAACUCGUUUAAAAGAAUUAAUGAUUAAAAGGAAUAAUUUGACAGAAUCUUUAAUCGAAACUUCUUUAAAAAACAUUCCUGGAUUACCACAAAAUGUCAACAAAAAUAGGGCAGCAGAAGCAGCAGGGAAUUUCUUAGCUAAUUUAUUACCAAAUGGAGGUGGUGGACAUCAAAGAGCGGGAACACAAAUUGGCUCUGAAAUGCUUAAUACUUUUGCUAAAAAUAUUCCUGAACUUCGAAAUUUGCCAGGAAUGGAAUUUGUUCAAAAUUUAAAUCCGGCAUCAACAAUUGGAAAACAAAAGAAUAAUGGAAAUGUUGGAGGGGGAGGAAUUGAUACGGCAAUUGACAAGUUCUCUGAACCGCUGGUGAAGUUUGCUUCAGGCGUUCCUCCAUCUUCUGCUGAUGUAGAUCAACUACUCUCUUCAAUUCCGAGUUUAAUCGUUAAUGUUCCCGGUUUUGGAAAUGUUGAUGUUAGCAAGUUAAAUCCAUCAAUUGUUGGUUAUGUGCUUAAAGGAGGACAAAUUCCUGGUAUUCCACGUGAAACACUCGACAACAUUGUCAAGCAGUACAUGCAACGAUUAUAUGUUGCAGCAGCACAGGCACAAGGAAUUUCAACUUCUGACCUUCCAGUAACUGUUGACACAAAUACUACAAAUAGAAUAUUGAGACCGAUAUCUGAAUUACCUCAUGGACUAGUUCAGAGUGUUAUUGAAGGAAAAUCACUUCCACACUUGACAACUGAGCAAACUAACGUUAUUAAGGAAUAUUAUACCCAACAUGCUCCAAUCGGUUCAAUAGAAGGUAUUAAUACAACAACUGGAAUUUCUGAUAUAUUACCCCAAAAAGUUAUUCAAAUGAUGCAACUUCUUCCAAAAAAUUACAAUUUAAGUAAACUUCAACCAGAAGUUGUUAAACAAGUUAUGAAAGGAGAAAUGCCUGAUUUUACUAAAUUACCUUUGGAUUUACAGCAACAUAUUAAAGACAAUUUUGAUAAACUUUUGGCUUCUCUUAGUAAAGAUCACAAAAUGACCGUGGAAGAGAUUUUAUUGAAAUUACCAAAAUUUGAACAACCAGAAUUAUCAACAUUUUCUCCUUAUGACAUUAAUGUUGUCGACUCUGAUUUGGUAAUUAAAGAGAGAAAAGAAGAAGAAGACAGGGCAAGAUUUUGGAGAUUUAUUGCAGCAAUUUCGUUAGGGUUGGCAGGAGUAUUAACUUUGGGUGUUUUGUCUGCAUUUCUUUGGUAUUGGCGUCGGACUAGAUCAGCAAGGCAUGGAGUUUCUGAUAUUUCUGAAAGAGGCCCAGGAGUUCUUCCUUCUGUUGUUAGAGAACAAAGCUUUAGGCCAUCAGCAUUUUCUACACUUAAAUGA